AUGUUCAGUAUCUCAGAAUCUCCAGAAAAAUCAGAAAUCUCAGAAUCUCAGAAUAUCGGAAUCUCAGAAUCUCAGAAUCUCAGAAUCUCAGAAUCUCAGAAUCUCGGAAUCUCAGAAUCUCAGAAUCUCAGAAUCUCAGAAUUUCAGAAUCUCAGAAUCUCAGAAUCUCAGAAUCUUAGAAUCUCAGAAUCUCAGAAUCUCAGAUUCUCAGAAUUUCAGAAUCCCAGAAUCUCGGAAUCUCAGAAUCUCAGAAUCUCAGAAUCUCAGAAUUUCAGAAUCUCAGAAUCUCAGAAUCUCAGAAUCUUAGAAUCUCAGAAUCUCAGAAUCUCAGAUUCUCAGAAUUUAGAAUCCCAGAAUCUCGGAAUCUCAGAAUCUCAGAUUCUCAGAAUUUCAGAAUCUCAGAAUCUCAGAAUCUCAGAAUCUCAGAGUCUCAAAAUCUCAAAAUAUCAGAAUCUCAGAAUUUCAGAAUCUCAUAAUCUCGGAAUCUCAGAAUCUCAGAAUCUCAGAAUCUCAGAAUCUCAGAAUCUCAGAAUCUCAGAGUCUCAAAAUCUCAAAAUAUCAGAAUCUCAGAAUCCUAUAAUCCCGAAAUCCCAUAAUCUCAAAAUAUUUUAUUGCCUAGAAACUUGUCCAUUUUCAGUGUUACAGUAUUUUCAAAACGUCCUGUUAAAGAUAUAA